GGGAGGGGAGCGGCCGCGCGGGUCGCUGAGGCUGUGGCGGCUCCGCGCCCCGCACUCGCGUCCGUCUGUCUGUCCGCCCUGCCAUGGCCGCGCCGGCCCCAGCACCGCGGGUCCUGUUGCUGUUGCUGCUGCUGCUACCGCCGCCUCCGGGUGCGCAUGGUGAGGUGUGUACAGCUUCCCGUGGACUCAGUCUCUUCCCCGAGUCCUGUCCAGAUUUCUGCUGUGGUACCUGUUAUGACCGAUACUGCUGCUCUGACGUGCUGAAGAAAUUUGUGUGGACCGAGGAAGGGUGUUCUGUGCCUGAAGCCAGUGUGCCUGCUGAUGUAGAACCGGUGGAGCAGCUGGGCUCGGCGCUGAGGUUUCGCCCUGGCUACGACGACCCCAUGUCAGGGUUCGGAGCGACUUUGGCCGUUGGCCUGACCGUCUUUGUGCUGUCUGUCGUCACUAUCAUCGUCUGUUUCACCUGCUCCUGCUGCUGCCUGUACAAGACGUGCCGCCGACCGCGUCCGGUUGUCACCACCACCACGUCCACCACUGUGGUGCAUGCCCCUUACCCUCAGCCUCCAAGUGUGCCGCCCAGCUACCCUGGACCGAGCUACCAGGGCUACCACGCCAUGCCCCCUCAGCCAGGGAUGCCAGCAGCACCCUACCCAAUGCAGUACCCACCGCCUUACCCAGCCCAGCCAAUGGGCCCGCCGGCCUACCACGAGACCCUGGCUGGAGGAGCAGCGGCACCCUACUCUGCCAGCCAGCCUCCUUACAACCCGGCCUACAUGGAUGCCCCGAAGGCGGCCCUCUGAGCAUGCCCUGGCCUCUCUGGCUGCUACUUGGUUUUGUUGUGUGUGUAUGAGUGGUGUGCAGGCACGGUUCCCUACGCCCCAUGCGUGCUGUGUGUGUCCUGCCUGUAUAUGUGGCUUUCUCUCAUGCUGACGAGGGGAAGAACAAUCCUUGCCAGAGUGGGCUGGGACCAGACUUUGCUGUCUUCCUCACCUGAAAUUAUGCUUCUUAAAAAUCUCAAGCCAAACUCAAAGAAUGGGGUGGUGGGGGUACCCUGUGAGGUGGCCCCUCAGAGGUGGGGGGCUCUCCAGGGCACAUCUGGAGUUCUUUUCCAGCUUACCCUAGGGUGACCAAGUAUGGCCUAUCACACCAGGAUGAAGCAGCUGUAUGAUGCAGACGUGUCCUGGUUUCAGCAGUGUAGCCAGCUGCUGCUCGAGGCCAUGGCUUGUCCCCAGAGUUGGAGGUACCCUUUGCAGCGUCAGAAACCUGAUGCAGGUGUAGCUUGAGAUCUGACCAAGUUGGGCUUUGAUCCUCUCGGCAGAUGUCCAUUGCUCCCUGGGGCCUGUGUCAUGCCCAUUAGGGGUCAGGCAGCCUCUUGAUGCCAGAACACCUCCGGCAGAGUCCUACUACCUGACACCCUGUGUCCUCCCUGGGACCACCGGAGGGCCACAUGGCACACACAGCCUAGCUGCCCACAGGGAGCUCUCCCGCCCUCGCUGGCCCUGCCCUUCCUGCAGGUGAGCAGGGCAGCCUGUCCACCAGCACACUCAGGUCUCUUCGCUGCAGUUUUCAUUUUAUUUUAGCCAAACAUUUUGCCUGUUUUCUGUUUUGAACAUGAUAGUGAUAUGAGGCUGAAACCCCUGGGUUGUGGAGGGAAAUUGGCUCGGAGGAGAGGGACAACCUGGCAACUGUGAGAGUCCCUGCUUCCCCUGACACCAGCUCAUGGAAUAUGCAACUCCUGUACCCCAGUCCAGUGUGUUCUGGCAGCAGGGACACCUGGCCAACCGGCCACCUGGACCAAAGGUGGGGUGUGGGGUGCUGGAUGGCAGCUCUGGCCCAGACAUGAAUACCUCGGUGUUCCUCUUCGUCUACUAGUUUCACCAGAGCUGUCUUAGCUUCGUAUCUGUUGUGUUUCUGAGAGUCUAGGAUCUGCACCUGUGUUUAUAAUAAAUGCAAUCGUUUGGA